UGAAAUGUAUAACACUAGUGUAACCAUUUCCAUGGGACUAAGAACAUACCAAAAUGGGAGUUUCUACAUGUCAACCUUCGAUGUAGAUUUUUCACCGAAAGAAAUUAAGGUUUCCCUAGAACACCUUCUAGGAGGUGGCUCCCUGGGUGCAACAGUUCAGGAUUUCCUACAGGACGCCGCCCAGCAGAUCCUCGCCCGGAGUCGUCCCCAAAUUAAGGAAGACCUACGCAGGACCGUCAUCUCCGCAGCCAAUCCAAGACUAGUCGUUCUAAAUGGCGUUUCCGACCUAGUAAGCUUUUUUGUAAAGUUUAGCAACGUCCCUGCGAAUACUUGUUGAUGAAUCGUAAACUAUUUUUGUCCUUACAUAAGGAACCGAUAGCUCCAGUGAAAUAGUAUUAGUAAUGUUUUAAUCUUUCACGUAGUAUUGCUCAGUUAU